UAUGACAAGUCGAGGCCUCGGACUAAAUUAGGAGCGAAGCCCCCCGUCUCUGCCCGGGCGAAUCCGUGAUGGAGGGCAUGGACCUGGACCUGGACCUGGACCAGGAGCUCAUGCAGAAAUUUAGCUGCAUGGGUACAACAGACAAAGAUAUCCUAAUAUCGGAAUUUCAGAGGCUGCUCGGGUUUCAGCUAAACCCCGCCGGAUGCGCCUUCUUUCUGGACAUGACCAACUGGAAUUUACAGGCAGCCAUCGGAGCCUACUAUGACUUUGAGAGUCCCAACGUCAGUGCACCGUGCAUGUCCUUUGUGAAGGAUGUGACAAUUGGUGAGGGCGAAUCAGUUCCACCUGACACACCUUUCACAAAGACCUGGAGGAUACAGAACACAGGUGCAGAGUCGUGGCCUCCCGGGGUUUGUCUGAAGUAUGUUGGAGGAGAUCAGUUUGGUCAUGUAAACAUGGUGAUGGUGCGUUCUCUAGACCCCCAGGAAAUGGCUGAUGUUAGUGUACAGAUGCAGAGCCCUGUGUCUCCUGGCAUGUAUCAGGGUCAGUGGAGAAUGUGCACAGCUACAGGACUUUACUAUGGAGAUGUAAUUUGGGUGAUCCUGAGUGUGGAGGUUGGAGGCCUCCUUGGCGUCACACAGCAGCUCUCCUCUUUCCAAGCUGAGUUCAACACCCAGCCUCACCGGAAUCUGGAAGGAGACUACAACCCCUUUGCCUCGCCAGAGAAAAACAAGUGCCCCAACAGCAGCAACAACAACAGCCUCCAUGAUGACAGUGGUCAUAGGGUUGCAGAGGAACAUUGGCAGGGAAACCCUAACCAGCUACAGCAAGAUCAGAAUGGACUUUCACACAACUCUGUGGAUAUAGUAGCAAACAGUCUACAAAGCAAUCUGUCAGUAGUCUCUUAUAACCAGGGUAUACAGGAGUCCUAUCCUUUUGGGCACUCUUAAAUCAUGGGACUUGUCACAGUGAAGCAGCACUAAACCGUACCUCUGGAGUCUGUCACACCAGUAAGAGAGAGAAGAGGCUUUAUCAGUAGUCGGUGGAAAGUGCGGAGGUUGAAAAAACACUUUAUGCAAAGUCCAGCUACACUUUGAGAAACCAGAGGUCAGUGCUCCUGACGUGCAGCUCAACUAACAUCCCACACCCACUGUAUGCACGUGUGAAUGCUAAGUUAAAAAUGAGUGCUAUGAGUCUUUUGAGUGAUAAUUUUUUUCCAGAUUUUUUUUUUUUAGUUGUCAGAAGUUGCAAAUGAAUCAGUGAUGACAGGAGUGUAUAUUUGUGAAAUUUUGUGUACGUGUGUGCAACCUGAAAGACUUUGGAGGAAAAGCCAUUUAUUUUGCCAACUGAUUCUCCAGUUUCUGCUCUGACUCUUAUUAUAUUGAUUGGGUUUCUGAACCAGUUCCCUUUAACUAAAUCUAAUAAUAUGGGCUUCUUUGAAACCAAACAUGGACUAUUAUAAUUUAAUAUUUAUCUUAAUUGUUUAGCAUACACUUUAAGAGAAGGGGAACAGCGACAUCCUCCAGAAAUAUAUCCAAAGCUCAUUUAAAGGCCAGUCAGUUUUUAUCAGUGUUUUCCAAAAUGGCUUGUGCAUUAUGGGUAAGAAUUUCUAAGCUGUCAUUGUAGCUGCAAUUCUAGAUACAAUGCAAUUUUCCUCCAGUGGAGGGAGUCAGCCAUUAUUGUAACAAGAAGGAGAUAAGAUCUGAGAAACAGAAAUCUUAUUUACAGUAUGGCUCUUAAGAUUUGUUGAAGCUUAGCCUAGAUUACUAUAUCAGAACAUUUUUGCUAAAGGUAGAAUUUGGAGCCAACACUUUUAUGAUGUCUUCUGUUGUCAAACAGGACGUUUUUGUAGCUACUCACUGUAAAUGGAAGCUGGACUUUUAUGAAACUGAACCUGAUAUGGCAUGAAAGCUCCAAGGGUCCUGUGAGACAGAGAAGAUUUCUUCUCAUACAUUAAUUAGAGUCAUUGCUGACAGUUAAAAAAAAUACAUACUUAUGAAAUAUUAGAAGAAUAUAAGCAGAAUAUUCAUUAUAGAUAAUAUUGCAGUAUUAGAGAUUUCCCAGUCAUUGUCUUGCUCUAAGAUUUAGUUUAGUUUUACAUGCUUGAAUUAAAAUAAAACAAUAAAUAACAGAAUUAAUGUACAUUAUGCCACGUGACACUGAAUUCAAGCCAUAUGAACGGAGUUAAAGAUAUAACGUUGCAUAACAAAUAAAAAAAAAUACAUGUUUUUGUUGCCCUGCUCUGAAUUUCUAUUUUAAAGCUGUCUUGGACUUGCUUUUGUCACGUUAAGUGGAAUGUAUGUUAUGAAUGUAGUAGAGAAUAAAGUUUUUGUAAACAUACUAAUUUACCCAAAGAUUCUACAUUGUAUAUUUGCAUUGAGCUGGCAGUUUUAUUAGGGGUUUUCUGCAUUUUCCCAUCUGUUGUUAAAAUUUUGUCUAGGGUGUUUCAUAUUCACGUCGACAGUUGUUUCCAUUGAUCUUUGAUGAGCUUCAUAGACAAGUUGGAUUUUUUUUCAUCCUGUUUUACCAUUUCAGAUGCAAAUUUAACCAUACCAGUAAAAUUAAAAACAGAUGCCAAUAUGAUGUUUUCCUUAGAAUUUAUUACUGCAUUACUUACUUGCACUAACAGGCUGAUCUAUGCACUGAGUAUGCACCCCCCCAAUGUUAAGCUCUGUGUAUACCAUCCUCCUACACAAGUACAGUUAAGCCCUGAAGGGUUUAUCAACUGUGAUUUUAUCUGUCAUCCACAGUCAGUGUGUUAGACCACCUUGUCAGGUAAACACCCCUUUUAUUACAGCGCUAACUGUAAGCCCCGGGGUUACUGAGCUUUGACACCAUGACCAUACCAGCCAAUACCACAACAUGUUGCAAGUAUCGUUGGGAUCUUUACUGUUCUACAGAAUGCCGUGUAUUUCCUGUGCAAAAAGUUAACGAUAAAUGGUUCUCCCUACCGUCAGUGUCAAUUCAUCAAGUUCCGAGUGCAUUUUGUUCUUAUUGUAAUGUCUCUGUAAAGUUUCUACUGGCCAGAUUGCAGAAUGAAUCAGUUGGCAUUAGACUCAUACAACAGCACAUUUAUGAGAGUGAGGAAGUGCGAACAGAUGAACAGAUGAAAGCUUCUUUGCUGUAUGUAUGUUUGAUGAAUGUUUGUAUGAUUAAAUUAUCACUUAAAACUGAAA